UCUUAAACACGGAAUGUAAACAAAAACAAGGUCAUGUAACAGUUAUUUAUUUUCUGGAGAUAUUCAAGGGAUUCCACCGGUCAGUGCAACAAUUAUAACGUGCAUCAUCAAGGCAAAAGAUACAAAACAACGUGCCUUAUAAUCUUUUUCCACUCAUAGAAUCUAGUUACUUGUUAUUAACUGAUUUCUGUCCAUAAACCUCCAAGUCCAAAAUUAAAAGCGUCCAGCACAAAAAUUUUCGGUCCCAUCGUCUGUCCAAGGAAGUUUAAUAUUAUAUCUACAAAUCGAAGUUGCUGAAAAAGUUGUUUGUUUAGUUAGUUUAGUAUGAUAUCGAGAGAGUUAUUGUAAUAGAGAGCAAGCGCAGUAGUGUGGAUGGUGUUGCAAGCAGCAUGUCUGUGUGGGUGGGAAGUGGCGCAGGCGGCGAGAUGCGCGCGCCGCCCGCCGCCACUAUCCUCUCAACUAACACCUCCAUGGAGUCCGGGAUCGAGGCCGGGGUGCUGCCCACCGUCACGGGAUCCCUCGCUUCAGCCCGGGACUCCCUUGGCUCUAUAUCCCGUGCAGCAGAACCCCUCUACGACACUGAUCACACGGACCUCGGUUCGGAGUUGGACGAGGCGGAAAUACGGCGGGAGUUGAUGCACGAUAAAUGGCGCCUCUUAUUUGAUAGGUUCGAUCCGGAGGGUUUCGGCGAGAUCCCGUGGCCAGAUUUCAUACAAACCCUUCAAAAUCCGGAUUUUAUAGCACAGGUGCCACCUCAUAAACGUGAGAUUCUCCUGGAUAAGGCACAGAGCGCGACGAGCAACGCAAUCACAUUUCAGGAGUUCGUCAAUGUGAUGAGCGGCAAGCGCACACGCAGCUAUAGAUGCGCAGUACACCACCGCGACCGUGAGGUCAGCUCCGAGAACGACUUCCAUCUGCUCCUAGAGGAUCCCACGUUAUUCGCCAGGAUGGUGCACCUUGUAGCGAUGGAGAUGCUCCCGGAGGAGCGAGACCGCAAGUACUACCAGGAGAGGUAUACUUGCUGUCCUCCGCCUUUCUUUAUCAUCUGCGUCACAUUACUAGAGUUGGGCGUGUUCGCGUGGUACGCGUGGGGCGCCGGUGGCGUGGCGGCGGCGGCAGGCCCGGUGCCCGUGGACUCGCCGCUCGUGUACCGCUCCGACCGACGUCGCGAGCUCUGGCGCUUCCUCACCUACAGCGUCGUGCACGCCGGCUGGCUGCACCUCGCCUUCAAUCUGCUGGUCCAGCUUGCGGUGGGUCUCCCACUAGAGAUGGUGCACGGAGCCGUGCGGUGCGCGGCAGUGUACCUGGCGGGUGUGCUGGGCGGGUCGCUGGCGGCGUCGGUGCUGGACCCCGACGUGUGCCUCGCGGGAGCGUCGGGCGGGGUCUACGCUCUCCUCGCCGCGCACCUCGCGAAUGCGCUGCUCAACUUCCACACCAUGCGAUAUGGCGCCGUGAGGCUGGUUGCCGCGCUCGCAGUCGCGUCCUGCGAUGUGGGCUUUGCAGUUCACGCUAGGUAUACUAAGGAGGCGCCGCCGGUAUCGUACGCGGCGCACGUGGCGGGCGCGCUGGCGGGACUCACGAUCGGGCUGCUGGUGCUGAAGCACGCGCAGCAGCGGCUGUGGGAGCGGCUGCUGUGGUGGGCGGCGCUGGGCGCGUACGCCGCCUGCACGCUGUUCGCCGUGCUGUACAACGUGUGCAGCGCGCCCGUCGACGAGCUGCACUACCUGCCGCCCGACCCGCCGCCCGAUGCCUUCUGACGCCCCACUACACAACACUAAUGCCACGAACUACUCCUAUGCUGCGGCUGCAAUAGUCACCUAAGAAUAUUCGUUGCAAUGCACGAUGAAUCUUCGCCCGCUAAUGAAGCCCCAGCAUUACAGCUCGAUGUCAACAACUUUGCCCUUCUGAAGUCAGUCAUUUGAUUCCUCGUGCAGUUCUUUUUUUUCAAUAGUGAUUUCUUCGUUCGUUUUGAAUGUUGCGCAGUAGUAGCCGACUUCAAAGUGGUAAAGUCAUUUGACGAGCUAUAGGAGCAUCGUUUGGCCGACCGAGCCUAUGCUUAUGUUCGCGGACAGUGCGAUCCACUCACAACACGCCUAGUCAAUUUACCUUAGUGUGAUUUGCUAUAAGUAGUAUUAUAUUCGAGGAGGCCCCCUGAUGUCAGUGUCCAUACAUUUUGUAUCGUGCCUACCGAAUCAUUUCUUAUAUUCCUUGAGAUUAUUUUAUCCAUUUUCGUAAUUUCGUUACUAAUUGCCUCCUCGCGAUACUUAAUUGUUAAGUAGUCUUAAUUAUAUUAAAUAGGUGAACUAUUUUUGUACCUACUAUCAGCGUCGGUAGUGUAUAGAUGAAGGCGUUACCGCGACACAACAGUUUAAUGUUCCCGUGUGGACUGGCCGACUUUACUAAACGCAGUGUCACCUAAUUUAUUCACUAAACCAGUAAUCGCUUCUUAAUAAAAUGUACUAGGUUUAGUAAAGCCAGUCAGCGUAGUUAUGCCCAGCACACCAAAGAUUAGGAUAAACGGCAUCCAUGCUCGAGUAGUGGAAGUUUCCUUACUCUCUCCAUGUUUCAAAUUUGAUUGAAUAUUAAUACAUAUAGAUUUUUAAUUAAAUUGCUCACUGUUAAACAAAUACUAUAAGUAUGCCUCAGUAACUGAUUUCAACGUAAAUAAUGAUUGUUAUUUAAGUAUUUGUGUAAAUUGCUCAAUUGCAAUGAUUAUUUUAAUCAGAAUUGAUUAUAUGCUCAAAAGUGAGUUUUUUUUUAUUUUAUUGGAUCAAUUAUUUGCUGAUAUAUUAUUAUAACAAAUAAUAUAGUUUAUUGUGAUUUCGUCCAUUUCCAUUCGUCUCUCGCAUUCGUCCUGUUUCCUAGGUAUGAUCCAACGAUUAACAAGUUGUCUUGCUACUCACUAGUGAAUAGUUUUAUUAUUAAUAAUGUGCCUGAUUCCUAUUAUUGUAAAUUUAAUCGUAUACUUUAAUUCUAAUCAAAUAAUGUCAGGAAACGACUGAGUUUUGUAUUAAUUAUUGCAGAAUAUUUUCUUGUUUAAUUUAUUUUAAAAUUAUUUUAAGUGUGAAUCAGAAUAAUUAUGAUUAUGUGAUUAUAUAAAUGAAAAUAAGAGUGAAUAUAAUUGAGAAUUAUUAAAAA